GCGGUGCUACCUCCUGCGAGUACGCGAUGCGGCAGGCCUUCUCCGCCUCCAAGCCGUCGCCGUCCGGGAGGGACAAGGGCAGGAGGAAGGGCGCCGCCGAGCAGCUGCUCACCGACCAGGCCCUCUCCCUCCGCGCCCGCCUCCACGGCGCCCUCGCCCUCGGCCUCACCAAGUCUGAUGGCCACGGUGCUAAAAAAUGGCAGUCUACUGAUGCUGGAAUACAGUCUCAUGUGCUCAAAGCGGUGGCUGCGUUUGUCGGUUCCCUAUCAAAUGAAGCACUUAGGCUCGCACCUGUAAAGGAGUCAAUUUCAGAUAUACUUCUAGCACUGGAAGGUAUUCUCAAGACACACAACGUUUCAGUGCUGAUCCAAGCAGCAGAUGUGAGCUUAAGGUUGGUUUCCAGUAUAGGAAAUUCUGUUCGCCAGUACCCAAUUUUGGAAAUGGUUUCAUCCCUGUCGUGCCAGUUGUCUGCAGACCAGCUGCGUAUAGCCGUACCAUGUGCAAGUGCACUGACCUGUAUACUGAAUAGCCUAGUUACAGCGAGAACUUCAACUCAGGCAGAAAUUUGGGAGGCUCUGGAGAAAACCAAUGCAGUUGCAAGUGUUAUUUCAGCUCUGCAGAAUUACACCCAUGAUGUUCAUCCCCUGAACUAUCUGACGGAGAUGAUAUCUUUGCUAAGGAGUAUUCUGUGGAUUUGGCCCUCCUCAAGAUACCAUGUAUGGAGUAACUGCAACUUGAUGGCGAAGCUGGCACAAUACUGUCUUAGUGCUGAAACAACAGUUGCUGCGAAAAUUCUUAAGCUGUAUGCUGCUUUAGCUUUAUGUGGCAAUGGAGUGAUGGUCCUUCUUAAGGAUGAAGAGUUGAUCCCUAAAAUUUGUGACCUUAUGGGAAAAUCUCAUCCUAGUGUUACUAGGAUCGAAGCAUUGAAGCUCUGUCAGGUUCUUCUGAGAUCUCCAAGGGGCUGCAAUCAGUUAAUAACUUCACAUUAUCAUCCUAUCGUUCAAGGCAUAAUCAAUGCAAUGUCUGAAAUUGAUGAAAAAUCAUUAGUAACAGAGGGCUGCCGUACUGCAUUACUGGCCCUUCGUUAUCAUGGGAAUCAUCAUAGAUGCUUCUGGUCUAAUUCUAUUGAUGAAGUAUUAUAUAAGAUUCUUGCUGGGAGCUGCAGCUCUGAACAUCAAACCCAUCAGAUGUUGUGCCAUGGUGAGCUGUUCAACAAAGAUUCCAAAGACAUUAUGAAUAUAGAUCCCUACGUAUGGGAUAUACUUGGAUAUCUAUCAGUACAUUGCAAUAACGAGUAUCUGUCUGUAAGAAAACGGAAAAACAAUUUCUUGCAGGCACUGAUAUCUUGUGCUUGCUCACUAGCAACAGAUAUAACACAGAGAAACAGCUCCACAAAAUUUUCCAAAGAGGAGCUGGAGCCAGCUUUGAGGGCAAUUCUUAUGAUGCUCCUCUCUCCUAGCCAAUACAUUUUUUCUGAGGCAAGUUCUAAAUUUCUGGAAGUUGUUCUGCCAUUAGGUGAUGAAUGUAUGAACAUUCUCUUGUCGUCAUUAGAAUCUAAUGUUAUCAGAAAUCUUACCGCAUCUUUCGACUGUGUGAAAAUUAUGAACAACCUCAUGAAUCUAGCAUGCUUGGUAAUAGUGCAAUCUAACCAUAGUUUGAACAAGAGGAGUGUUGUAGGUGUACUAUCCACCAUUAUAAAGGAAUGUCUGCACAAUCGUUUGUACAUUACGAGGUCAAACAAUGCUUCACAUCUGCAAUUUUGUUUUGAUGGAGGUUCAUGUUGCUAUCUCGCUGAAGAAUGGGAGGGUGAAAAUGUUAUCCUAUUUUAUGGUCUCGUGGUGUUGUAUAAUGUGCUGAGGAGAGUCAGCCUUGUUUGUAUUCACUGUGAAAAGAAUUUGGAUGGGGGGAUUGUGUGCCAUGAUUGCAGAGAGUACUACAAUGAAGGUUUAAUAAGAGUCCUUGAGCAUGCGUUGGGUCAAAACUUGAGCCCAGGACCCAAGUCCUACAUUGCACAUAUACUGAGUUUGUUUGGGCUUUGUGGGUUUCCAAGCAAGUUGGGAGCAAAGAUGAGAAGUGCAUUAUGUGAUAAUGAGCUAGUUGAUCUGGAACUGUUGCUUGCAGACAGUGAACCUCUUAGUGCUCAUGCAGCUAUCCUAUCAGUAAGAUGUUCUAAACUUUUGCCAUCUGGAAAAUCCCUUGUCCAUGAUGGGAAAAUAACUUAUGAAGGGAGCAGAAGAUCACUUUAUCAUGUCCGAAUGUCUGAUCGUGUAGACAGUCAUGCUCUGAAGAAAAUUUUGGAAUAUGCAUACGCUGGUUUUGUCACGGUAGAUGCUGACACUGUUAAGCCUGUAAAGACACUUGCAAAGUUUUGUCACUUGAAAUCACUGCAAGAGAUGCUUCAGAGAGAGCAACCCAGAUGGAGCUCUGACUGUCCCAGAUAUGAUCUUACUGCAGCAGUUGAACCAGCUGAACAUUCAUUCUCGGACAUAAUUCUGGAGGCGCAAUCAAAUGAAAAAAUGGAGUGCCACCACGGUUCAUGCGAACUAUCAACUCCACACGUCCAUAGCCAUAAAAUUGUUUUGAGCAUGACCUGCGAUUACCUUCGCGCAUUAUUUCAAUCUGGGAUGCACGAGAGCUUUGCAGAGGCUAUCAGAGUUCCGGUCAGGUGGGGAGCCCUGGAUAAACUAGUCCAGUGGUUCUACAAAGGGGAGCUUCCCAGAAUCGCCCCUGAUUGCCGAUGGAAGAACAUGAACGCGGAAGAGCAAUUGUCCCACCUAAAACCCUACGUGGAGUUGUCAUCCCUGGCUGAGUUCUGGUUCCUGGAGGGGGUGAAGGAAGAGAGCCUUGAAGUGGUGGCCGCCUGCCUGAACUCCAGCACCAACGCCUCCCUCGAGUUCAUCGGCUUUGCAGCCAACUUGGGGCAGUGGGACCUGGUGGAGGCCGCCAUCGGCAGCGUGGCGCACCUGUACCCGAGGCUGCGGGACUCGGGUCAGCUGGAGCAGCUCGACGAGGACGUGCUCAACAUGCUGCGGGCAGAGUACGUUCGGUACUCGCAGCACCGCGGUGGAAGUUACUGAGUCCCGAGUGGUGUGAUGUACACUGUAAUCAUGCGGUAUGUUCUGUCGCGGUACACGAGGUCAGCACGGUAGUUUUGGGAGUGUACGUUUUUGUCACUCUGUGUACAGUAUGUUAGUAGUAAACGUAAAAUGGCCAUCUUUUUGUGGUGAUGUACACACUUCUGUGCCCAGGCUGAUGCCGGCGAUCUGGGUGUCUCAAUUCACAAGAGCUAGCCGUGCCUGAACCCUGAAA